GUGAAAGUGUGUUUGCGCAUCCCAGAGGCCACAGCUUGUCUCCACUUGGCUCCAUCCAGAUCUUUGGCACGGACCUUCAAACAUGAACCUGUUCUGCUUCACACUGGAGGGCUCCACAGAAAGUAUAUAUGAACCAGCCUACAGUCAAACACUCAAGGAAGUCCUACCCAAGUACCAGUGCAGUCCUGCUCUUCGGAGGCGUAAGCCUGAAUGGGGCGGCUCAGAUCCAUCCAUCAAUUCUGACCGACCUCAGAGUACAAUAAAAGUAAACCAGAAUAAUAGAAGGUCAUGUGUGCCAACUUCACCCAUUGACAAUGACACAUUAGACAAAGACAUUAAUCACGCCUGCUGGAUGUCAUCAGGUAACAAGAAGGACUUAUGUCAUCAAAUCAAAGUCCAGAAUGGAGAGAUGUGUAAAGCUCUGUGUCACAGCAGCGUGUUGACCAGAGAUGACAGAGUGAAGGACCCGAGCUGUGACAGGACACAUCUACCCGCUCAGGGUGGUGAAACUGCAGCUGACACAGCAGAGUCAAUACACGCCACAGGAAGACUAAAGAAGUUACAGAAUCUAGUUCAAAUGAAGAAGGAACAUCAGAGUGGAGCUGGAAAAGGGAAGAGCACAUCUGAGAGUAAUGACCUGGCAAAUGUGUUGAGUAACAACAACCCAGUGCUAACCUGCAUCGGUCUGGGGAAGAGAACAGAGAAGAAGUCCCCUAAAUCACCACCACAGCAGCAGCAGCAGGCCAAAUAUGUUCAUGAAGAUUCAGAAGAAGAAGGCGUUUGGAGCCCACGGCUUGGAAAUUAUUUGUGGAGCCCAUUUGAGUGUCCGCAGCCCUGGUCUCCCUUCUACCACACCUGUCACCAACCUCAACAUGAGCUGUGGGUCUGCGGUGGCACCUUGACGCUGCCCCGGAGGACAGAAUGGGAUCGCUUUGAGAGUUUGAUACAGGAACUGGACAGCAAGCAGCCUGAUCUGUCUCCUCCACAGACAGCCUGCUCCAUCACAGAUCUGGAGCCCUUACAAAACACAUUGACCAGAUUUGGGAGAUUUGACUUCAAACAGCACUUGCUUUUAAUGAAACCACAGGAUAAUGGAAGCUCUUUGCAAAAGCAGGAGCAGGAUGGUGAUCCAACCAAACUGAGGCUGCAGAGGAGGGAGACAGAGACCUCAUCACACAGUGACAGGAAGCACGUCAAGGCCUCACCAGAGAAAAUGCUGACAUCCAUCACUAAUGGAAAAACACAGAGAGAUGAAGCAGUGAAGAGAGAAGUUGGUGGAGGGAGGCGAUUUACCAGUGGACACAGGCGGUCCAGUAACUCUCUGGAAAGCCUCUACAGCCUCAACAGUGGACAAAGCUCCUCAAGUGGAGUCACCAGUGGGUCAGACUGCUCCAGUAACAGAGACAGUCUGAGGCUGGAGGACGAUCUAUUGUGCACAAGACAGUUCUGUGGCAGAGCCAGAGUUCAUACUGACUUUGUGCCAAGUCCUUAUGACACAGAAUCCCUCAAACUCAAGGUGGGAGAUGUGAUUGACAUUUUCGCCAAGCCCCCCAUGGGAAUAUGGACAGGCAUGCUGAACGGCAGAAUGGGAAAUUUCAAGUUUAUUUAUGUGGAUGUGCUAACAGAGGAGAGUCCUGAUGCACACGAGGAAACCCAAACCCACAGAGUGAGACAGAAAUCAACUGUACAGGAAGUGUUAAGGCGCCUCAGUUUGGAGGAAUAUUCCUCGUCUCUGCAGCUGAACGGCUACCAAACAGUAGAUGACUUGAUUAAGCUGAGGGAGCAUCACCUGACGGAGCUGAAUGUGACUGAUCCAGAGCACAGGCAUCGUCUGCUCGCCGCUGUCGACUCCCUGCAGCAACUGCGCUCUGAUAGUCAGUUGGAGAAUGAGGCCAAUCAGGAAGCCGAGACCCCCAGUGAGAACAUGAGGGCAGAUAUGAACAACUGCCCAAGAGACUCAGGCUGCCACAUGCCAUCUGACAGCCCCGACAACAGCACAGAGGACACAGACCUUCACUUUAUCUCUGAAUACCCUCUACCAGCUGAGACGACAGCUUCCUGAGAAUGAUCCAGUCCUUAUAUUGCCUAUUUUACUUCAUAUGCUGAUGUUGAGAUGACUUGUGAAUCAAAAGCUGUUUUUUUAUUAUUAUUAUUUCUUGUGACAGUGUAAUUUCUAAUUAUGUACAAUAAAAAUUCCCAAAUGCC